ACACCCCUCUUACAAAGAACCUCUUCCAGUGACUUGUAUGGCAGAUUCUAUCAAGUGAAAUCUUGCCUGCUCUAGCAAGGAGGGUGCAUCUCUUAUGCCUCUAAAUGACCUUGGUCAUUUAUAUUUAUAUUACACUCCCUUGAUGUUUUACAGGAUGUCUCUAUGGAUACAGGAAUAAACAGAAGAUAAUAGCCCUACAGUCUUUAAAGCAGCAUUUCAUUCUACAGCCCAGGAGGGGAGAGGAGGUGUCUAUAGCAGAGCACAGGCAAACAGGAGAUAAAGGUCAUGGCUGAAAAUUCAGAUAUCACCUCUCUGGAAGACAGUUUCCGCAAAUUCGCCAUCUAUGGUGAUACCAAGGCAACAGGCCAAGAAAUGACCGGAAAAAACUGGUCAAAAUUAUGCAAAGAUUGCAAAGUCAACGAUGGGAAAGCUAUUACUGGCACUGAUGUGGACAUUGUAUUCUCCAAAGUAAAAGCAAAAUCAGCCCGAGUGAUCACCUAUGAAGAGUUUACGAAGGCUCUAGAGGAGUUGUCUGCAAAGAGGUUCAAAGGGAAGAGUAAGGAAGAAGCCUAUGAGGCUAUCUGCAAGCUUGUAGCUGGGAAGGAACCUGUUAGCGCUGGUAUAACGAAAGCUGCAGCCACUGGAGCAGUGGAUCGUUUAACAGACACGUCGAAAUAUACUGGAUCCCACAAGGAGCGAUUCGACCAGACUGGCAAAGGGAAGGGAAAGAGUGGCCGGGAAACAAUAGUGGAGAACACAGGAUAUGUUGGCUCCUACAAACUUGCUGGCACUUAUGAUGCCAAAGUGAAGAAAUAAAGUGCAUGAUGGGGUAUUUGCAUUAAGUUAUUAACCUAUUCCCUGCUAGAAUGGCAAAUUGUGCCUUUGUGGCAGUGAUGGGGUUAAAUUUAAACAAAGCAGUCCUUCUUAGCACCCAGAUAAGACCAGUGAAAAGGUGAUGAUUUCUCCAGUGGUAUUAUCCUUCACCUCAUCACUAUCACAAAGUUUAGAAAUGUUGUUUGUGUAGUGGCACUCUUAAAACCUGAGGCUGAAGUUUAGAUAUUACCAUAAGAGCAUUUCUAUCACUGACAUAGAUCACUGCAUCUUCUUCUUAGUGCUCACCAAGAUCCAAUUUUUGUUUGUAAACAAAUAAAAUAUAUUAUAAAAUGUUUUUUUUAAAAGAGUUUGUGUUAAGAAUAUAAGAGUUUCUCAGUUCUAUUGAGUUGUUUACAUUUUUGUGGGUGCUAUGUGGGACUGCUUUUGGCCUGUUAGGGGUGCUGAGGGUCAUUGGUUCAGAACAAAAAGCACUCCAUUUAAAUGCGCUAAGAAACAUCAACCAGGCUCAAGAAUGAGGCUGUUGGUGUUUCCUGUUCUACCUAUACUGUGGCACUUAUAGCUUGAUAGUCCUUAAAAAUGUUGUUUUAUGAUGUAGAUCAAACUGUGUCUUUACCCAUGUAGCCUAUAUUUAUCAGGAUGUUCAUAUAUAAAUAUCUAUAUAAAUAUAUAUAUAUAUAUAUAUAUAUAUAUAUAUAUAUAUAUAUAUAUAUAUAUAUAUAUAUAUAUAUAUAUAUAUAUAUAUAAGUAUCUUAUGGUUCCAUCCAACUCAAGAAUGCAAAUUUCCCAUAACUUGCAUGAACACAAAUCUGCAGCUUGAUUAACAUUGACUGUGAUACCUCUAUACAGGGCUCCUGGACCAUGAACAACCAACCAGAAUGUCAAACUAGGAUUGCCAUAGCACUGAUUAACAUGUAAUAAUCCUGAUGUUGGGUUUUUUCUGUUUCGUCUCCCAUUGGAUCAAGAAAUUAUUCCAAUACACUGAAAUAACUAUGAUACAACCCAAUUCUGUUUCUUUUGUAUGCAAAAUCACUGUGAUCACUGUGGUCAUAAAGAUGGAUGCUGCAUGAU